UGCAAGAGGUCCCCAGGUCAUCAUCAAUCUCCAUGGCACAGGAACCCCUUCUAACAUGAGACAUCAGCUACAGGAUACAUCUGUGGCAAAUUUGGUGGUGCAUUUUGCAAGAUUAGGGGUCUAAAUAUGCAAUUUUAAAGGUUAGGGACUGGGAUGAGAGCAACGAACAAGUUUAGGACAGCCACUGUAAUCUACUUAAAUAUGAAAUAUAAGUUUUUCUCUGAUAAUGGUUCACAUGAAAUGAUGAAAUUCAUGGUGCCCAUGAAGCCAUGACAUGUUCAGUCCAUUAGGGCCCUUGGGAUGGUGCAUGGAACAGCUACUGCAACCUUACUACUUGCUUGUCAUUGCACCUUAUAUUUUCAAAGAUACUUCAUUAUGGCAGCUAGACGCAAUGUUAGAGGUUAUGCUCCUCUUGCUACAGAGGACAGGGAUGACAACAACCUUACUGAUGAUGUUGACCUUCGGUUCGCCUACACCCCAAAAUCCUUUAGAAAAAUCCCAUGGAAGUCAAUUGCCUUGGCACUAUUCCUUCUCCUCCUUGGAAGCUCUCUACUCUUCCUUUCAUAUUUCAUAUUCACAGAUCACAUGGAGGGUGAUAACUCUCAGGCGUAUGGUCUCUUAUUCCUGGGUAUCCUUGCCUUUCUUCCUGGAUUUUAUGAGACUCGAGUUGCUUACUAUUCCUGGAGAGGAGCACCAGGGUACACCUUUGCAUCCAUUCCAGACUAUUAGCCUUUUCAUUUCGUCUUGCAGAGGGGGCAGUGAAAACGAAAAUGGGCAAAAGCUUGAAACUUCAAUCAGGAAGUAGGAGUCAAAUGAGUUCUUGUUUUUAUUACCACUAAAAUGUCAGCAUGUAAUGAUGUAAAUGAAGACAUGAAGUCACCUGCUCAUUGCUGUGGUCUCCUAAUGGUAUAUUUCACCAGGCAUCACUAGUGCUUGCUUUAGAUAAAAC